UUACGCUUGAUAAAGUUAGGUUAGGUUACUCAAAAAAACUGUUUAUCAUUUAUAAUCAUGUUUUUUAUAUUAAAUCUGACAACGCCGCUCCGGUUCGAACGGUUCCGUGGUUUUGAUCGAAUUUUUUUUUAGUGGAACGUGUCAAAAAUAAUUAUUAUUGACAUUAGUGAGAUUAUUCAAAAUUAUGCGCGUCAUAUUAAUAAUAAACAUAAUGCUAAGGUUUAUAACAUAAUGUUGAAUUUGAAAAAUAAGUCCGAAGAUGUCACAGAAAAAAAUAAUCAAUUGCAGCUUGAACUCGAAAUGGACGACGAGGUAACGGAUAUAAUAAAUUUUCCGGAAAAAUACGCCGGUACGUAUCUCGACGUUACCGUAAUCAAACCGAAAGAAAACGAACUUUUUACUACAGAAAAAAAAGUUAUGUCCGGCGAACAAGUAAAAGAAUUCAUAGAAACGAUGAAUUUGGGAAAAAAUCGAAAGUUGUCGAUCGAAAAAUCGAAAAAAAGUACCAAUAAAUACGCAAAAGGCGAUCACAUAAAAAUACCGACGUUCAGCGAUUCGGAAGCGGAAAACGUUCAACAAAUCUUCAACACGACUGGAUUAAAUUCGAUAUUUAAAUGUAAAAACAGGGAAAAUGCUAAGGAAAAAUACGCCGCGCCGUGUGUAUGUAAAAAUUGCGCGAUUGUAGGUCUAGUGGCGGAUUCUCAAAAACGGCCUUUCGUAACGGAACCUCUAAAAGACCCCCGGGAAAUACUAAAAAAACGAAACAACAACGAAGAAAACGACAAAAGAAAAAAAGAAAACGAUCACCAAUACUGUCAAUAUUAUUUCAAACAUCUAUCGGAAAAAAUACGAUCGUUGGAAGAACGAGUCGCCGCUCAAGAACAAAAAGCCGUACCGAAAGAAUAUUUCAAAAAAACAAUCAUGAAACUAGUAAAUCAUUUCACAAAAACGACUUACAAUGGACAAAUUAAACUCGAAGCCCCCAUCCAGUCGUCUCCAAUAAAUAAAAACAAAACUAUCCCCCGACAAAAACUGAUCGUCAAUCCGAUUUUAAUCCAGAGUCGAUCGGGCGAAGAACCACCCCAAUCGAAUGUAUGGAAAUGGAGAGAAGAUAUAUUAAAACCGGGAAUAGAUAUGAAGAAUAAAUUAAUAUCGGUAAUGGAAGAUACUUUGAACAGUUUAAAAAAAUCGAAAACUAAACCGAAAGAAGACGAAUUAAAAUCGUUUAUCAACGAAUUUUCUAAUAAUCUUUAUAAAACUAUCAACGACGACAAGGCGACUUGUAGAAAAAAAGAUUCGCACAGAAAUCCUGUCAGUGUAACGUACGUUAAUUCGCAAAUUUUAAGAUGGCAAGAUACUCAAACUACUUUUAAAUUCGAAUCUGAUAAAGAAUCGCUUCAUAAUUUAUUAGAAAAGAAAAAGACGCAAGAGUUUCAUAAAUAUGAAUUUUUAAAAACGAUUAAAAAUACGAAAGAGGAAGAUAAACGUAGAUUAUGGGAAAGUAUAAGGGAACAAGCCAACAAAAACGGUCAUAAUAAAUAUAAUAAAGUCACUGUUCAAAUACCUGAUAAAAGUAAUCCGAAAAAAGGAUGCGUCGAAGUCGAAUACACUUUGGGAGAAUUGGAAUAUUUGUUAUUAGGAAACAGAACGAAUCGGAGAUAGGUUUUUUAAUAUACAUUUUACAUAUAAACAAUAAAACUAUGUAUAUAAAUACUACGAUGUAAUGGUGAAAA